GUUUGGGGUACCCUCCCUUUCCUUCGAAAUGGCCAAGAACGAGGAGGAAGCAAUUACAAAAAUCUGCUGCAUUGGAGCGGGUUAUGUGGGUGCAACAACGAGUGCCGUUAUUGCAUAUAAAAACCCCUCCGUGGACGUCGUCGUGGUCGACUCAUGCGAAGCUCAAAUCCAUGCUUGGAACUCCGGAAACUUUCCAAUCUAUGAACCUGGGUUGAAAGACAUUCUCUCAGUUGUGGCUCGCUCUGGAAGCAGUGGUGGUGAUGUUCGAGGAGAAAAGAAAGCACGAAAAGCUUCCACCUCGAGUAUUGGAAAUCUUGUAUUCUCAUCCAACAUCGAGCACGCGGUCCAGAAUGCACAGUUGAUCUUUGUCUGUGUCGAUACGCCCACCAAAACAAGGGGCACUGGAUCGGGGUUUGCAACUGAUCUGCGGUCUGUGGAGGCCUCAGUUAACCGAAUCAUGGAUUUGUCGACAACAAGUAAAAUUAUUGUUGAAAAAAGCACAGUGCCAUGUGGAACUGCAGCUGGGCUACGAGAACUCUUGGCUAGGAGUAAUGGCAAAGGGGUGAAGCAUGAAAUUUUGUCCAACCCGGAGUUCCUUGCUGAGGGGAGUGCCAUUCGUGACCUCCUUCACCCAGAUCGAGUCAUUAUUGGCUGUGAAGAUACAAUAGCUGGAAAACAGGCCACAGCGAGACUUGCUUCCUUGUAUAAAGCCUGGGUUCCAGAAAACUGCAUAAUUUCCCUGAAUCUCUGGUCGUCAGAGCUUGCAAAACUCGCAGCUAAUGCUCUACUUGCACAACGAAUCAGCAGUAUCAACUCAUUGAGUGCCAUUUGUGAAGCUGUUGGUGCUGAUAUUCAUGAGGUCGGGCGAGUGUGUGGCCUAGAUCGACGCAUUGGGCCAGAAAUGCUCCGACCAUCGAUUGGAUUUGGCGGGAGUUGUUUUGAGAAAGACAUUCGGAGCCUAGUUUACCUCGCCGAGGGUCUUGGACUCAGAAGUGUUGCAGCUUAUUGGAUGUCCGUGCUAGAUUUGAAUGAGUACCAGAAACAUCGUCAAACCAGUCGCAUCGUGGAUUUUCUACAUCCUGCUGCUUGUGAUCGAGUCGCUAUUCUCGGCUUCUCCUUCAAGAAAGAUACAGGGGAUAUUCGAGGAACGCCUGCGUUGGCUCUUGUGAGGGACUUUGCUGAUAGAGGCUUCCAAAUAAACAUAUACGAUCCUCGAGCAAAGAUUGGAAGCAUCCAGGAGAUGCUUGAUCGCGAGCUGCCACUCUCAUCGCGACACAAGCCAACUGCCAUAUUUUCGUCCGCUUCAGAAGCGUGCGACCAAGUUCAUGCAAUAGUCAUUGCAACUGCAUGGGACCAAUUUCGGACAAAUUCGAAGGAAACGACGUUAGACUGGACGUCCAUAGCAUGCCAUAUGCAAGAACCAAAAGUCUUGUUCGACUGCUGCAACGUAGUCAAAGCUGGAUAUCUUGAGGGCUUAGGAAUGAAAGUGGUAGAAUUAGGCAGGAGACGAGCGUUACUUUAGACAUAAGAAUAGAAUAGAAAGAAAAGGCGCGUUACAAAUUGAUGAGUUGAAC